AUGAAGAAGUUAAAAUUUUUCGGUGUAUUAAAAACGGAACAAUAUCAAGCAAAUAAGACUGGAGAGAAUACGUAUCCGUGGAUUGCUCGCGUUGUGCAUUCCACUGACAAGGACUAUCCUUACCUGUGCACGGCGGCGUGUAUAGAAGACAGGAUAUUUGUUACUGCCGCUCGCUGUAUUUACCAGGCAAAAGUGUCUUUAACAACUGUGAUUAACCAAGGCGCCAGACUUCGUCCCAUAGCCUUCGUGGUACCCUCGAAACCGACCAAACAGAUGUUCGACGACAUAGGCUUUAUUGUCGUCAACAAAACUAACCACAAAUGGAAUGCAAUUAAAGUGUUCGAUAAACAGGACAACAAGACGUUCACGAGAACAGAUAAGAAUUACUUCUGGCUCAGUAAGAUGGGUGAGAUCACGGCUACUGCGGUAGGAUUUGUCGAUAGUGAUGAAAAACAACCUGGGACUUUGUAUCAAGCAAAUGUGUACAUCAGCCCCUUUUUAUGCCAGCAUUUGUUCAAUACAGACAUUUUACAUGACCCACUAGAUUAUAGUGAUAAUUAUUUCGUGCCAUGUUACCAUACAUGCGAUCUUGUAGGAGGGUAUAAUAAGCCAGUUUGUAUUAAACGACUAGCUGGGGAAGGACACGUCGUAAUUGAAAAGAAAACUGAAAAACUUAUAGGCAUAGCCGCCUGGGGAUGUUAUUUCAAGAAAGAAGCAAGUCCGAAGGGGGUUCAUUUACCCGUUGGUAUGGCGCUACCAAAUUCGGAUAGUUUUCAAGAAGAUUUGGGAUGUGCGAGGAAGAUUAAAAAUGCGCUAAUAACGAGUAAAACUUUUGCUAAUCUAUGCAAUUAA